AUCUUUAUAAAGACUUAUAUUUAGGAAUGAAACAGAGUAGCAUGUGAAGACGACAGGUUUGCUGAGAAAUCGCAAGCAGCGCGGUGCGUGCGCCUUUAUUUUUAGAUGUUUUGAGUGCUUAAAGGUAGGUGUUUGAAAAAUAAAUCGGCUUAUGCUUAAUCACCAGUGCUUAAUAAGUGGAAAACGGGUUAUGAAAAAUCAUAUACAAACUCAAGCCGGCAAAUAAGAGUGUCAAGGCGCAGCAGCAAACCAGCAGAGCCAGGAGGGCCACCGCCACCCGAAAUACUGUGCUCUGCCGCCACCGCUGACCGGCGCCAGCACCGCCGUGUGCCUUACCUUGUCACGUCCUGGCGCUGUGCUGUGCUGUGCUGCGCCGGCAGAACGGCCAUGCACGUCGCCGCCGUCCAGUUUGCUCCAUUUCGCAGGCCUAAAACGACAGCACAGCAGGCACCUUCCUCCACAGUUCACACCAAACUAAUUUUGGACGUGGGAGGGGGUCGGUCGCCUCUUUUCUUUCUCGCCCUCCCUCUCCCGCGCGCGCGCGCGCGUACGUCUUCCCUUCCCAGAACCCCGUUCCCAGCCGCUCCCUCCCUCGGCCUAUUUGCAGAUCCCCUGUCACCACGCCCUCCGGUUUCGACGGUUUGAGCUGCUGCUAUUAACGGCAAGGGCCGUUCCGCCCCGGCGCCACCCGCCUCUCUCCGAGCCCCCGCCGCCCGCCGGGGUGGGCUUGCCGUGGACGACGGCCGGCAGGCAUCCAACGCGGGGAAAUCUCAAUCUUCGGUUGGAUCCCCCAUCGUCAGGAGGCGGAACGUAGGCUUCUUGGUCCUGCCAAGAGUCCAGGAGUCCGGACAUCCUGACGGAUUUGCUCGAACCAAUGGGAUGCUGCGGCAGCAACCCUGUAGAUGAGGAGGAACACCUAGACUACAGCUCUGGGAAUGUGACUCUUAUAACUGAUCUAAAGAGUUGGGAGAAGAAAUUGGAAGAUGCAACUGACGCCAAUAAAACACUUGUUGUAAAAUUCAGCGCAGUAUGGUGUGGCCCGUGUAGGAUCGCUGCUCCUGCAUACUCCGAACUCUCUUUGAAGCAUUCCGAUCUUGUUUUCGUGUCCGUGGACGUAGACGAACUACCGGAACUGGUCACGCAAUUCGACGUACGUGCCACGCCGACAUUCAUCUUCUUGAGAGAUAACAAGGAGAUCGACAAGCUGGUGGGGGGGAACCAGGUCGAUCUUCAGCAGAAGUUCGAACCAUACUGCCGGCCAGGCGACGAAGUCAUGAGUAAACAGUCUUUCGAGGACAAAACCUGAUGUUCCUGCCUGCCAGUCGAUAGAGCUUCAGGACGAGCACGGCCUCCAUUGGUUGGGAGCAUCAGCAAGGGCCUGCUCGGCGGCAUACGUAGG